AUGGGCAAGAAAAACAAGAAGUCUGUCGAGCACAAGGAGCGUGUGGCAGCCAAGCAGUCCAAGAAGACUGCCCAGAAGGAGAAAAGGUCGAAAGCGAAGGGCAAGGAUGUCGAUAGCGACGCCGAGGAUGCCGACCUCGAUGCGAUCCUCGCCCAGUAUGCUGAAGAGCAGGCCAAAUUCUUGAAGGUCACAGAAGUGCCAUCGGGUCCCCCGGCACCGAGGUCUUCUGCUACUGUCCUUGCGUCUCCAUCAAACCGGAAUGAGAUUCUGCUUUUCGGCGGAGAGUACUUCGAUGGAACCCAUGCGACGUUCUUCAACAAUCUCUUCGUGUACCAGAUUGAUCGGGGCGAGUGGAAGGAGGUGACGAGUCCCAAUACUCCUCUCCCUCGGAGUGGACAUGCGUGGUGCCGCGGAGGUAAUUCCGGAGGCGUGUACCUGUUCGGAGGAGAAUUCUCGUCGCCCAAGCAGGGUACUUUCUACCAUUAUAACGACUUUUGGCAUCUGGACACGGCUACUAGAGAAUGGACUCGUCUUGAGACCAAGGGUAAAGGCCCUCCUGCAAGAAGUGGCCACCGAAUGACCUACUACAAGAACUACAUCGUUCUCUUCGGUGGAUUCCAGGAUACUUCCCAGCAGACAAAAUAUCUGCAGGAUCUCUGGAUCUACGACUGCUCCAAGUAUGCCUGGUUCAACCCCACUUUGACAACGGCCUCCCAGAAACCCGACUCUCGAUCUUCAUUCUCAUUCUUGCCCCAUGAAACUGGUGCCGUGAUCUAUGGUGGCUACUCCCGAGUCAAGGCCGCCAGUGGUGCGGCCGGCAAGCAAGGCAAAGGUGGCCCUCAGAAAAUGACCCUCCGACCCAUGGUCCACCAAGACACUUGGUUCCUGAGAAUCACUCCGCCGGAAACUGAAUCGGCAGCAGCCUCGACAGGUCCAGCUAUCCGUUGGGAGCGGAGAAAGAAGCCUGCCAACACACCCAACCCACCGCGCGUGGGUAGCACCAUGGCUUACCACAAGGGCCGCGGAAUUAUGUUCGGUGGUGUUCACGACGUCGAGUUGACCGAGGAGGGCAUCGACAGCGAAUUCUUCGACACAUUAUUUGCUUGGACCACGGACCGCAAUCGAUUCUUCCCAUUAACUCUUCGUCGCCCACGCGCGGCAGGCAAGAAGCAGCAAGCCAACCAAGCAAACAAGUCUCGCAAUCGUGGCAAAGCAGACGAGGAAGAGCUCCUGCAGAAUCUGAAGGCAUUAGAAGCGAAGCAGGGACUUCGCGAUGAGGACGACGAUGAUGAUUUCAUGCAACUGAGCACACCAAAGACCGAAGAGGAGCCUGUUGAGCCGGCAAAGCCUGCAAUUGUUCGAUUCGAGAUGCCCCACCGGAGAUUCAAUGCUCAGCUUGCUGUACAAGAUGAUACACUUUUCAUUUAUGGUGGCACGUUUGAAAAGGGUGACCGAGAAUUCACAUUCAAUGAUAUGUAUUCGAUUGAUCUGGUCAAGCUCGAUGGCGUGAAAGAACUGUUCUACGUCGAGCCUGAGAACUGGAACCUUCUGGACGAGGCAGACAGCGAUGAGGAGAUGGAUGAUGAUGAGGACGAAGAGGAUGAAGACAUGGAUGAGGAGGGAGCGGAUGCUAUGUCUGUGGAUACUUCUUCACCCGCACCCACGGAGGUGACUGUGCCCUCGGUCACUCAGGGCAUGGAACAACUCGAGGUGGAGGAACAAGAAUCAGACCUGCCCGUCGACACUCGUCCACAGCCUCGCCCCUUCGAGAGCUUACGAGAGUUCUACAGUCGAACCUCCGAAGACUGGCAGAAUAUACUUCUCGAGGCUUUGAGGUGGAAGGGCCAGGCUGAGGAUAAAACAGUGAAGGAGUUGCGAAAGGGGGCUUUCGAUCUGGCGGAAGAGAAAUGGUGGGAUAGCCGUGAAGAGAUUAUGGCAUUGGAGGAUGAACAAGAAGCUGCGGGCAUUGGAGAGGUUGUUAGCAUGAACGACCGCGCCGAAAAUAUGGGUGGAGCAGGUCGUCGUCGGUGA